CAGCUCUCGACGUAGUGAUACCCACCUCUGUUGCUUCGAAGAGGCGAGAUUUGCCCAACAGUGCUUUGUACAGUGCGUGCGACAAUGUUCGAUUCUUCGACUAUUCCGGGACGAAAGUUCGGAAAACCGUUUUCUGUGCGGACGAUUGUCGGGAUUAUGCAUUGCGCCUUGGUAAGCGAGACAGGUAUCACAACGUCUGUCCUCCGGAUCCGCUUUCUCGGUGUCCACGAAACUGACCCGUCGGUGGAAAGUCUCGCUCAUUUACACAGAAAAUUCUUCCAGGAUCUCUGAACUGAGCGUGCCUUUCGAGUCGCAUAGCACGGAGAGUGAAACAGUCGUCAUGAGAUGUCAUCUUGAGCAGAUAUAAAGCGUUCUUGUCAGGUCUCCAUCUCGAACUAAACCGCACAGACAACUUGAAUCAGCACCACCCGUCAAAGUCCAAAACCAUCUCCGAGACAGGUUCACCAUGCGAUCAUCCUGGACCAUGACCAUGCUUCUCUCGGCCGUCCUCGCCGCUCAGGCGUCGCCUACAUUGGAGAAACGGUCUUGCAGCCGCGACCGCACUCCCGCCGCACGGAGUGUCUGCGAACUCUUCCUGUCGCCGGGCACGAAUGAGGCACGGAAGUGCGAGCGACUGGUCCAAGAGAUAGCGGCCAUCAACUGCUUCUGCAAAAACGCCGCGGCCGUCGUCUACAGGCCUGAUAUCGAUCACCCGUGGUGUCUCGAUAACCAGAGUUGCUUGGC